AACACCACGUCCACAGUGUGGAGGGCUGAACACGUCAGUGUCCACAGCAAAGGAGAUCACUUUCCACCAUCGUUAAUGUAACUGUAUCUUUUUAUUUAAAGUAGUCAAACAGACUCACAUGGGGUUAAAGGGAUUUUUUUCUCGCUGCUGUCUGUAGGGUAAAUGGGCGUGACAACCGCACAACAACAACAACAACAACAUCAUCACAACAAAACAUCGGAUCCACUUCCGGGUUCUGGAUGCAGCUGUCAGACUCUAGCAUCUUUGUUUUUUUCAACAGGGAAGCGUUUUAUCAGCAGGUCAGUAGCCUCGUGCAGCUAUUGUCGAUUAAUACUUGUUGACUUUGCCGUUGUUUUGCUGCCAGCGAACCAAACACUGAGAAUAAUCAGGAGGUUGUCACAGGUUUGCAGGAACGAGAGUUUUAGUAUGAGCGAAGGAGACGUGUUUCAUGAGAAGCAACGAUUGGAGCUGUGCGCCAUCCACGCACUCAACAACGUGCUCCAGGAGCGGGUGUUCACCAAGGAGACAGCUGAUGACAUCUGCAAACGGCUGGCUCCACAGUGUGUGGUGAACCCUCAUCGCUCAGUGUUAGGUACAGGAAACUAUGACGUCAACGUCAUCAUGGCGGCACUACAGAGCCGGGAACUGGCUGCAGUGUGGUGGGACAAACGCAGGACGGUCCAGAGCCUUUGCAUGCCAAAGGUCCAGGGUUUUAUUCUUAAUGUCCCAUCACGGGUAUCUCUGGGGAUCGUGUCCCUCCCACUCCGAAGGCGGCACUGGCUCGCGGUUCGGCAAGUAAAUGGACAGUACUACAACCUGGACUCCAAACUGAAGAGUCCCGCCUGUAUUGGGGGAGAAGCAGAGCUACGCACAUUUCUCAGCGAACAGCUUUCUCAGGAUGUGGCAGAGAUGCUCCUGGUUGUUCAGCGGGAGGUGGAGGAGGACGGCUCAUGGCUGAACUCUGACAACCCAAAGAAGUGAUGCUUUGGGACAUACCUUUACAUAGUAUGGGGAAGAAAAUCCUCUGGGAUAAUGACAGACUUAAAAAAAAAAAAAAAAAAAAAAAAAAAAAACCUCAGUUCAGAAAACUCUUCAGGGAAUGCACUAAAAUACAUUUGAUAUCUACACACAGGAAAUUCCAAAGAGAAGCAGAGACCGGCGUUUACUCCUGAGAUGAAGAACUGUUUUGAUUGUAACAGCUGUAAAAGCUAUUUCUCCGAUAUGACCCAUGUAUAUGCGUUGUCCUUCUCUUAGUACCUUUGUUUUUAACACUGGGAAGGUGUAUCCAAGCUAACAAAGUUUGAAGCAAUUGGGGCUUGUUUGAUGACCCUCGAGUUGUGACUUAUGACUGAACUUUUACUGUGUCAUGGUAGAGAGAUUGCAGUGGUUGUGCAUGAAAAAACAUCUGCAAUAAGGACACCUAUACUACUUUGAUUACCAAAACAUAACCAUGACAAUAGAUCAAUAUGUGCUGUGGCUACAAGAUGGCCGUGUCAAAAUGCAUCAGUUAUAAAGCAGCACCUGAAUGCAUCAUCUCUACCCAUGACCAUUAUGGUAAACCUCCUAUGCACUGCAGUUAGAUUAGUUAUCACUGUUUGUCUUUGUGUGUGUGCUCACAGAUACAGGUGCUGUGAAGGCAUCACCUGGUGAGGCAUUGAAGGGCCACCAGUGUCUUUGCAUGUUUUCAUCCGUUAACUACUACGCUCUAAACAUGCCAAGGUUUUUAGAUAUUUCAAUUUGUUUUGUUGUCUUCCUGGCUGCCUUUGCUUUCCUCUCAUUUAGCUUUAGUGUAAAAAAAAGAAAAAGAAAUACACAGAGACUUAAAGUGUGCUUGAGAGCUCUAAUCCAUCACAAUGAACAUUGUCAGCCCCCUUAGUUAUGUCAUUGAUGUGUGAUAAUGCAGCUGAACCCACACAGUAAUGAAGCUUUGACCAAUUAAAAGCAGACAGGACUUUGAUUUGGAUGCAUUAUUAAUUUCAUCCAGUACAUUUCAUCCUUUUUAUCAUGAAUGAAAGAAGAUAGAAAGUUAUUUUUGUUUUACAUCUAAAAGGAAAGUUUGCAGGAAAAUAAAGAAUACUAUUUUUGAUUUGUUUUAAAUAAUUAACAUGCAAAAACACUGGUUCUGUGACUGUAUGUAACCUUUGUAACGUUUGUAAAUUGUCCCUCCUGUUGAUCUAUGCAUAUCCAGAAUAAUAGAAGCACCGUCUCUGGUACACUCUAGUGACUAACUCACGCAUAAACCUAAGCUCAGAGGUUCGAAAUAGUGAAACGUAUUUAUAUUAAACUUUGACCUCUUGUUUUAAG